AUUUCAGAAGCAGUGGCUCUUAUUACAACCUGUCUGAGUCAUCCGGAAGUCAGCAAAAAUCUCUAUUACCAUCAAGCCUACUUCAUAUGCCUGCAUAUGACCAACUUAACUGAUAAGUUGCUUCCUGAGCAUGUGCUGAGAAUAGACGCCGGCGAUGGUGUAAAAAUCAUCUGCAGAAUAGAAAAAGAAGGGAAGACUCCUUUGGCACUGCAGCUGAGUGAAGCUUUUCUCGUAACACAGUUGCAGACUGGAAAAAUGUAUUGUAUAUGGGAUUUGAUUUUCAUAUGGACUAAACUUCAGUUAAAAGUCAACCCUUCAAAAGAAGUAUUUGUAGAACAAUGCUACAACAUGCUGAGGAUUGCUGCCAAUGUUAAGGUCAUCUUUCCCUUC